UAUCCGGCACUAUACUAUAUUCCGUUCAAUUUUAUCUAUAACUUAUUGAGCCACACCGUCCAUCGUACGGUAUUAAUACCAAUUUAAUAUAGUGGAAACCUAAAACAUGCAAACCUUCUCAAUAAGACAAUUUAUAGAUAAAUUGAGAAAAAUAUAGAUAGCCCGAACUGGGAAUCGAACCCAGACCAUGUCGGUAUCGCGCCGAGUGCUCUACCAGUUGAGCUAUCCGGCACUAUACUAUAUUCCGUUCAAUUUUAUCUAUAACUUAUUGAGCCACACCGUCCAUCGUACGGUAUUAACACCAAUUUAAUAUAGUGGAAACCUAAAACAUGCAAACCAAUAUACAAUACCUAAAAGUAUACUAAAUACGAGCUUGUUCCCUGGUGAUUGCACCCCACACCAUUAACCGUAAUGCCUGAUGAUUUCAUACAAACUGAUAAGAGCCAUGUAUAAAUAGCCUGACGAAUUAAAUUACUCCAGAGUGGCAUGUACAUUGACACUGGCAUCAUGUCGAACAACAUUUUCCUGUUUGCAUUUUUCGCUCUCGUCGGCUUGACACGGAUUGAAGCAAUGCCUACUAAAGGAAGUGAAGGGACCUGGGACGUGGAUUACGAAGAUCAAGAACACACAGGCAUUACAUGCAGAGAAAACGAGCAUUACAACAGCACGCGGAUAGAGUGUGAAGAUGAGUGCAACGAUCGUAAUAACAAACUAUGCUACCGGUUCCAGCAAUUCUGUUGGUGCAACGAGGGUUACAUACGAAAUUCAUCACACAUUUGUGUAAAACUUGAAGAUUGCCUUAAGGACGAAGAACAGAAAUCAGAGACUUUAGCAUCCAGUGCCAACAAUGAUUCUUCAAAACGGCUUGAAGAUGAUCUAAAAUUAUUCUCACAUGAUUCGGUUUCACAUACCUCUUUAGAACCUGAAACGCAAGCACAGAAGUUUAACGGAAUAAUCGAUCAAGAAACUCUUGAUUUGGUGUUUGGAAAACCUGAAAACUCUUCGGCUGAUAAUAAACCCUUAGAAACUAAAACGCAAGCACAGAAGUUUAACGGAAUAAUCGAUCAAGAAACUCUUGAUUUGGUGUUUGGAAAACCUGAAAACUCUUGGGCUGAAAAUAAACCCUUAGAAACUAAAACGCAAGCACAGAAGUUUAACGGAAAAAUCGAUCAAGAAACUCUUGAUUUGGUGUUUGGAAAACCUAAAAACUCUUCGGCUGAAAAGAAACCCUCAGAAACUGAAACGCAAGCACAGAAGUUUAACGGAAUAAUCGAUCAAGAAACUCUUGAUUAGCUGUUUGGAAAACCUGAAAACUCUUCGGCUGAGGAACCACCAGCAGAAGUUUAAAUCGACGUAAAAUAGUCUAAAUAACAUAGUAAUAAGAAUCAUUCGUUAAAAUCAGUGUAAUGUUUCCUAGUUGAUAAGUAAACUAAUGUACGAUUACGAUACCAUAUUCAUGUAAUACAAUAAGAGAGAUAAAUAAAAAAUAGUUUUUAAAAAGUAGAAUUUGUAUUUGACAUCUGAUUUUCUGUUGUAUUUGACAUUACUACCCCUAUAAGUAGUCCAUCAAAAAGAACUGUGGAAGGUUCUAGCAACAUGCAAUCCUACAUGGACUUCUCUUAUCAUUAUCCAUAGAAUAAUUCUCAUGUAUGAAGAAGAAUCAUUCCAACACAUUUCCGUCAAACUUGAGUUCUACUAGAAUCUAUUUGGAAUCUGUUAGAGUUGUUUUAUGAUGCCUAGAUUGUAAUGUUGAAAAUUUCUGCCUGGCAACCAUUCCUAGUAGGGCUUGACAAUAUAUGUAUGGAAUCUUCAUACAUUUCCAGCUAUAGGGUACUAGUAAUGUUCGUCAAGUCGAAAAUUUCAGUGUAGAAGAAUUUGAACAUGGUUGUUCAGUAAAGUAAGACUAAAUAAAGUAAGACAGAUCAAAAACCGUCAUGGACUCGUAUUCAAAUAAAAUGAGAAUAGUAUUACUGUGUGUUCCAAAAAGAUUUAAGUCUCUUACAAAAUAUUGUAUCUAUGUAACAAGUUUCACUCAAAAUUUAUUUCCUUUUUCAGCUUAUAGGACGAGAAGUAUAGUCUUCGUUUUUUAAAACAUAUAGAAGAGAGAAAACUUUUGUUUAGUUUUAAUGAGAACGUAAAUAGGCAAGAUAAGCUGGUACCGCUGACGUCAGUCCAAACCACCAGUAGGCAUCGUUAUCAUUUAAACCUAUACCGUAAACGAAUAACAGGAUAACCGCACAUGUUUUUAUGCACAUUGAAUGCCUAAAUAAAGGAUCGAAUACAGAAAAUUAAAAUUAAUGUUAGCUGCUGUUUAUACUAUAAAAGUAAGACUGUAUGCGUGAUUGAAGUCGCAUAAUCGAAUCCAUAUAUAAUAAUAUUUACCAUAACUACACUUAUUAGCAACUCAGUGUUGACUACGAGCAUACUGCAGCAUGUUGUUAAACAGGAUUCCUACUUUUUCUGGUUAUUGCAACCAUUAUUUGCGGUAUAAGGCCUUUUUUUUUUAAAGAAAAUAAAUGAUGAAAUAAAAUAAAUAAUCAUUAUCGAUCA